GCUAGCUGCGACAUGGCGGCGGCAGUGCAGGUCUGGUUCGUCUCCCUGGCCGGAUUAGGCGCCAUGUACCUGUCCGCUGCCUGCCUCCGUCUCCUUGCCCACCUCGCCCUCUGCCUCCGCCGGCCCAUCAACCUCCGCCGCCACUACGGCUCGUGGGCGGUCGUUACCGGCCCAACCACGGGGCUAGGCCGAUCCAUGGCCAUGGAGCUCGCCCGCCGUGGCAUCAGCCUCGUCCUCCUCGACCUCGACGCGGCCAACCUGCAAUACGUCUCGGCUGCCCUCCACGAGGCCCACCCCGGGGUGGAGACCAAGACCGUGGUAUUCGACCUCUCUCUCGUCGGCACCGCCGCCGGCGACGAGGCGAUGGGGCGGCUCAAAGAGGCCACAGAGGGGCUGGACGUGGGGCUACUGGUGAACAACGCCGCCGUGAAUCGGCCGGGCGCGCUGUACGUCCACGAGGCGGACGUGGAGCGGCUGGCGAGGAUGGUGCUGGUGAACGUGAUGGCGCUCACAGAGGUGACGGCGGCAGUGCUGCCGGGGAUGCUGGAGCGGGGGAGGGGCGCCAUUGUCAACGUCGGGUCCGGGUCCACGGUGGCCGUGCCCUCCUUCCCGCUCUACACCGUCUACAGCGCCACAAAACGGUACGUGCAGCACCUGACGCGGUGCCUCAGCGUGGAGUACAAGCACAGGGGCAUCGACGUGCAGUGCCAGGUCCCGUUCUACGUGCACACCGGCAUGCUGUCGCCGGCAAUAAAGGCCACCAUGACGUUCCCGGCGUUCGUGGCGACCGCCGACGCGUACGCCCGGGACGCGGCGCGGUGGAUCGGCCACGGUGUGCUCUGUGUGCCCGACGCGUCCCAGCAACUGCAGUGGUUCCUCGCCGGCCUUGUCCCCGACGCAGUUCACGACUGGUACCGCCUCCGGCAGCAUCUCAAGCACAGGGCCAUCCUCCGGCCGAAGCUCGCGUGAUAUCACUCGUCAUGUGUACAUUCAUGCGUGGUCGCUGGCCGAUCUGGACUUAUCAUAUGGAUUAUGGAGGCAGCUUAAAAUCAUGCGUAUGUGCAUUCCGAUCAAAUUUCGUGCAAUUCUAAAGCAUGACAUAUGCAUGGUUAUGGUAAUGGUGUACUUUGGAUAAAGAAAAAUAAAACGGGAAAAUGUAC